CCUACCCCUCUCUCUUUUAGGUCAUAUUAAAGUCAAACGUGAACUGAAGAGGGAAAAAACACACAGUGAUAGUGAAAAUGGACACAGAAACACAAGUUGAAGAGAACUCAAGAAAAGGUGGUCUUAGAACCAUGCCUUUCAUCAUUGUGAAUGAAUCAUUUGAAAGGGUAGCAAGUUAUGGUUUACAAACAAACAUGAUAAUAUACUUGAUGAAAUAUUAUCACAUGAGUGCUGCCACUGGAACUAGCAUUCUUGGAAUAUGGACUGCACUUUCAAAUGGUUUGGCUAUUGUAGGGGCCAUUAUUUCUGAUUCUUAUUUGGGAAGGUUCAAGGCUGUUGCUUUUGGAUCCAUCUCCACUCUUAUUUCUACUGCAGUUGGUAUUAUUGUGAAGGAGUACUGGUUCAGGGCUGUUGCCUUUGGAUCCAUCUCCAUUCUUAUUGUAAGUUAUGCCAUUUCACAGUUUCAACAAGAUAAAUUUCUUUUGCAAUACUAAUUGUUCCAUCAGUUAAGAGUCAAUUUGGAGUUCAUUGUUUGAUUUAGUUAUAAGAGUAUAGUUAAUUUUUCUAAAGGGAAAAGGAUAAAAAAUACCCUUCUACUUUAAUUAAUUAGUUAACUUUACCCUUUGUAAUAAUGUGAGGUUAAAUUUACCCUUACUAUGAUCAAACUAAACAAAAUUGCCCCCCAAUUGGAUGGAAUCCACCCAAAAUAACUAAUUUCAAUUAACCUAAUAGUUUUCCUCAUCUAAUCCUUUAAUCAACCAAACCCAUCUAAUUAACUUAAUCCUCUUCUCAAACACACACCCAUUUUCUCCAAAUCAAUUGCCAUGUCAAGAAAUCAAUAUAAAUCAGGUUGGGUGGACUCGUCGAGAUCGAAGGAGUACGAGAGAGCGGAGCUAGUGCAAAGAGAGUUGUCUUUUUAGUGCUUGACGACUUGUUUGAGGCAGAUGAUUUGGGUAAGCCAUUGUUGAGCUGCUCUAUCUGGUAGGGUGUGUGUGCUAAGUGCGAAAGGAGAGAGAGAGUAAGUGAAGAAGCGGAGAGCGACUCUGCCUCUACAUUGUGAUGUAUCAGAAAAAGGUUGAUUUCGUUGUGACAUCAUCACUGCUUUGCCAUUGAUAUCAUUUGGUUACCACAUCAGUUGGAUAUUUUUAUUGGAAGCAAUCAGGUGUGGAUUUGGACUUCUGGUAAUUGCUGAAGCAAUAUAGAAUCGGGCGACGG